AUGUCAUCCUCUCCGCCGCCAGCUCGACUGCCGUCCAGCUUCAUUGAUGCUCAUUUGCAUCCGUCAGCCAAGAGAGACACUCGUGCAUCCAGAGGCGCGGUCAAACAGGAGCUCGAGGUCUGUUUUCCUGCCAGACACGACAGUCUGAGGAGGUCGACGCGCGCCAAGCAGUCGAGAAUCAGCACUCCAGCGAGCGAUGCGAGGUUCAAAUUUGAAGAAAAUACAGCUGCCAAUCAUGUCCCGAAAGCCAAUGCUCAAGUAGCAGCUACUAUGCGAGGCCACAAGCGUAUCAAAUUGGAGCAAGGUGGAGGUGAAAAUGACUCGGGCGACUCCUCUGGCCACGCCCAAGCGGAAGAAAUCUCCAUCCUUCCGGGUCUGCCCGAUCAUUUGGGCAGCCAGCCAGGAGACAUAGACAGUGAGUGCUGGAACGAAAUGUUGGAGUGGUGCACAAUAAGGCUGAACCUACUCCUGUGCGCAGUCCUCAUGUGCGGCAUCAAUCCUGGUCUGACCUCGAGUCGGGUGGGGCAUCACUUUGCGCACUGCACCAACGUGAGUCGCCGGACUCCGCUCAUGUUUUGACGGGCUGCUCAUCAUGUUGGCCUUCACUGUCCAGCAGCACUUCUACCCAGCACUGUAUCGAUCUGGCCUUACACCGACGCGCUUUUCUCCACUGGAAGAUGCUUCGCUCCAACACCAAUCCGCGCCCUAUCCCAAGCUCGGUCUCACAAACCUCUGCGCUCGUCCGACACGGGACGCCGGCCUACUCAAACCGGCGGACUACGCAGCAGGAGCUCCAAUCUUGGUACAGAAAGUGGCCCAGGUCAGACCUCGAAUCGUCACAUUCGUAGGCAAAGGCAUCGCCGAGACUUUUCAGAAGGGCGUAUUUGGCAGAGUAGCAAAGCAGACUAGGAAAGCUCAAUCCGGAAAAACAAAAAAGGCACCAAACAAGCGGGAGAGCCAGUCGGUGUCGAGCAGAGAUGAGGGACUUGCGACUGCUGAGCGGAUGAUUGUCCGGGUGCCUACUUGCACUCCCCUCGCGAGGGAUCACAAUGGGCUCGGCCUACAGGACUACGUGAUCGUGCCCGAGCUCCAUGCGCAUACAGCUCCGAAAUUAGCAGCGGCAGACCACCCUGUGCUCUUCUGGUGUACACCUUCGACUUCCGGAAGAGUGACGACGCACGACUUGGCCGGGAAGGCGCAUUGGUUCAAAGGGGUUCAGGUGCUGGAUCAGCAAAUGAGAGGGUUGGUGAAGGCGAGCGAAUGGAUGUAUAUCGAUGUGCGCGUAGUCAGGCCGCCCACGACGCCCCUCAAGGUCAAGGUCGAGCCGAUCGUUAAGGACGAAGCGGCGCAGCUAGUCUAG